GACGGGAGGUGAAGUCCUGAUCUACAAGAUGAAACAGAAACAUGAGCUGACGCAGGUGAAGACAAAGCCAAACAUCGUCAGUCGUCAGGGAUCUGAAGGUUUUCAGAGUUAAAACAGAAAAAUCAAACCAGAAACAGAAAGUUUUCAUUUGGGUCAAAUCAACAUUUUCUCUCAGAAUAUUGUGUGUGAAGCACUUCACAGUAUUUAUUACACAUCCUCCCCCUGGUGGUCUGGUUCCUUUUCUGCAGUCUGUAACAAACAGCGCCCCUGGUGGUCUGGUUCCGUCCCGGGCAGCUGGGGGAUUUCCUGGGCGGAAGCUGCGGAGGGGGUUUCCAGUGUGAUCAGCCCAGUCCUCCCCGCUGGAUCUCUGAACUGGAUCCCUGUGACUUCUCUCUCACACACAGAUUCUGGACGCUCAGAACCCAGGGAAUCCCGAACAAGAACCCCGAACCUGAACCCGGACCAUGAGGAGUUUGCCUGAGGCCUGGAGGCUCCGAGGCAGCGGCAGCGGCGGGUUGACGGUUUGAAUCCCGGAGAGAGUCCACCGAGCCGAGGAGCUGCUGAGCUGAGCUGUGGCCUGCGGAGGAGAUUCAUGUCAUGUCAGCAGGGAGGAGUGCUGACGGGAGGGAGGUGCAGAUUCCCCUCCAGCAGGUGGCGCCCUCCCUGGCUGCUUCCCUCUCUGUGGCCCCUCCCAUCACCCCGCCCUCUCACCGCCCAGCCAAUCCCUGGCCUUCCAGCGACCCCGCGGCCUCACAAGGUGUCCCUGCAGGGUUCCUGCCUCUUCACGGAGGAUUCAGAGAUCACUUUGUAGAGACUCCAGAGGCCAAAUACUGCUGCGAGGUCUGCAGGUUGGUCUUGUGUCAGCCCCGUCAGACCGAGUGUGGACACCGCUUCUGUCAGAGCUGCAUUGGCAACAUCCUCAGUCAGCCCAACCCGGUGUGUCCAGCUGACAUGGAGCCGCUGUUCAAGGACAAGAUCUUCAGAGAUGUUUGCUGCCAUCGGGAGAUCAUGGCUCUGAAGGUUUACUGUCGCAGUGAAGUCAAUGGUUGUCAGGAGCAGAUGAGUCUGCACCAGAUACCUGACCACCUGAAUGUGUGUCCGUUCUUUGAGGUUCCCUGUCCGUUGGGUAAAUGUAAAGAACGAAUGAUGAGGAAAGAGAUUCCAGACCAUUUGAGCUGGAAAUGUAAACACAGAGAGACCACCUGCGAGUUCUGCAUGACCAAGAUGCCUCUGACCGACCUGCAGAAACACAAGGAGACGGUGUGUCCAGCAUUCCCAGUCUCCUGUCCAAACCACUGUUCCUUCUCCUCCCUACCACGGAGUGAGCUGUCCAGUCACCAACACGACUGUCCCAAAGCUCAGGUCAGCUGUCAGUUCCACCGCUAUGGCUGCACCUUUAAGGGUUUGAACCAGGAAAUGAGGCAACACGAGUCCACCUUCGCAGCUGAACACCUGAGAAUGAUGGCAAACAGGAACUCCUUGUUGGAGAACAAGGUGGAGGAUGUUAAAGGUGAGCUGUUGGAGAGGUAUAAGGUGCUUCCUGCUCUCAGCAGUCGUUUGUCUGAACUGGAGAACCAGAACGACGAGCUGAGAGACAAGAACCGACAGAUGGAGCAGAAACUGGCCACCAUGCAGAAACUAAUGAGCUCUCACUCAGAAAAGCUCCUUGAGGUGGAGCUGGAGCUUCGUUCUCUCCGUCUGCUCAGAGACGAGGUGGAGAACCUGAGAGGAACGCUGGAGAACGUACGGACGAGGCUGAAUGCUCUAGAACAAGGGGGACGCAGCGGAACUGGAUCCACAACACACACUCUGGCACCCCUGGAGACUCAGCUUAAUCGACAUGACGAUAUGUUAAGUGUCCAUGAGAUCCGACUGGCCGACAUGGACCUGCGUUUCCAGGUGCUGGAGACAGCGAGCUACAACGGGACUCUGAUCUGGAAGAUCCGUGACUAUAAGAGACGGAAACAGGAAGCGGUGGCUGCUAAGACACUGUCGCUGUAUUCACAACCAUUUUACACCGGAUACUUUGGAUAUAAGAUGUGUGCUCGGGUCUACCUGAACGGAGACGGCAUGGGUAAGGGGACGCACCUGUCGCUGUUCUUUGUGGUGAUGAGGGGAGAGUACGACGCCCUGCUGCCCUGGCCUUUCAAACAGAAGGUGACUCUGAUGCUAAUGGACCAGGGCCCAUCCAGGAAGCACCUUGGUGACGCCUUUAAACCUGAUCCCAACAGCAGCAGCUUCAGACGUCCUGCGGCAGAGAUGAACAUUGCCUCCGGCUGUCCUCUGUUUGUGUCUCAGAGCGUCCUGGAGACCGGCAGCUACAUCAAAGACGACACCAUUUUUAUCAAGGUUACCGUGGAUACCUCUGACCUCCCUGACCCGUGACAUUUUGACCCGUCUGACCUCUGACCUCACUGGUCUGAGAUCAGCUCACCUGUCCACACCCAGCAGAGCAAAGAAUUAUGGGAAGGAUCAGCGAUAAUCCGACUGAGAGCAACGCUGACAGAACAGGAGAAGAGUCAGACAGGAAGCAGCCAAUCAGAGUGAACUCUACACAGACUGGAGGGCGGCUCCUCCUCUGAUUGGCUGAUGGACUAAAGAACUCUGUGUGUGUGAAUGGAUCAGUGCCAACAUGGCCGUCGCAGCAGGAUGUUGUUGCUGCUCAUUACUGAUGCUGUGCAUCGAACUUUACUUCCUGUUUAUUACCUGUUUACCAAGGCAUGCUGGGAAAUCCACCACAGCCACAGAGGAGCAUAGAAAACCAGAACAGACCAGAUCAGACCAGAACAGAAUAGACCAGCAGGAUCCAGUACAAACCAAUGAAAAUCAAUAAAUAGCAGGUCCUUUUAAACCAGUAGAAACCAGUAAAGAUCAGUAAGGUCCAGUGAAGAGUCACUUUGAAGAGAGGAGGGAUAUUGAUUAUUGAUGAUUGAUAACUGCGAUGUGUGUGACGUUUUUCUUCCUGUUGUGAGUAGAAACAGUAGAAAUAAACUGUAGAAACAUUAUUGAUCAUCUGUCUGGUCAGAGGUGUUGAACGUAUUUUCCUUAUUAUUUCUAAACAGGUAAGUUCAGUCAGUUCACCUGGUGUCAGCAGGUAGGAGGAGGAUGAACACUAGAGCUUCAGAGGGUCACAGCUGAAUUUUAUUUUCCUUCACUGAGUGUUGAGGUGAUCUGAAACUGAGGAAACCCUGAACGGACACAAAGUCAGGACAUGUGUUAGAGAGUAGAGACCUGAUCCAGAAAGAUUCAUGAUUCAGAUCUGGAUUCCAGAAUCCAGUCAGCUGUUCCUCUGUGGCCUCUGUGAGUUUCUCAGCGUUGACAGAAUUCAUCUGACUCAUUGAUUCAUUUGCACAAUUUGAAUGUUUGUUAACGUGUGACAAUAAAGAUAAAGAGAAAACACAAAGAA